AUGAGCGGCGAGCAGCUCAAAUGCUUAAAAAAAGCUGCGGCAUGCGAAUGAGCUCAUUCUUUUUCUUUUGUGGAAAAGAGUGGAGUGCCACAUCAUGGCAAGAACCAAGCAGACCGCCCGUAAAUCUACCGGUGGUAAGGCCCCGAGGAAGCAGCUGGCUACCAAGGCUGCUCGUAAGAGCGCCCCGGCCACUGGCGGUGUGAAGAAGCCUCACCGUUACAGGCCUGGCACCGUGGCUCUGAGGGAAAUCCGCCGUUAUCAGAAAUCCACAGAGCUGCUGAUCCGCAAGCUGCCCUUCCAGCGCCUGGUGCGUGAGAUCGCUCAGGAUUUCAAGACCGAUCUCCGCUUCCAGAGCUCUGCCGUCAUGGCCCUGCAGGAGGCUAGCGAGGCGUACUUGGUGGGUCUGUUCGAGGACACUAACCUAUGCGCCAUUCAUGCCAAGAGAGUCACCAUCAUGCCUAAGGACAUCCAGUUGGCCCGCCGUAUCCGCGGAGAGCGCGCUUAAAUUAAUUGGAGUGUUCCCAAGUUGUACCAAAAACCCAAAAGGCUCUUUUGAGAGCCACCUAAUUGUUGCAGUCCGAAAGAGCACGUGUUCUAGCAAACCGCGAGUUCUGUUAUGUGCUGUGAUGUGGUAAUAGGGCUUUAUGAAGAGCGCGCGAGCGCUGAAUGAGUAUGAAAGCGAGCAUCUCUUUGUGCAGUUGUGUGGUGCGCUUAGUUAUAGCUCAGCUGCCGAGAUGUUCAUUCCGAGAAGUGUCUGUAGUACAGUAAGAUGCUCUAUGUGAUGAGUUAUUGUAUAAUAGCACCGAAUAUGUAGUUGAGUUAUUAGUUUGCUGAUUAGAGAAAGCGGAAACAGUGCAGAAAGACCGCCCAGGUGUUUCGGGCGGAGGGCGUUUUGUCAUCAAUAGAGCUUGGAUUCCAUCGUGUGGUCAAAAUAAGAACCUGCAAGUAGUAGAAAAAGCGAGAUUUUCUUAUGCGGAAAUGUGUUGCUGAGUGACUUCUUGAAUUACUGUUUGUGAGGCUGCGAAAAUAAAAUGACAAUAAUAGUCUAAUUACUACGACCAAACCACAUUUCAUACAGUAGUUUUACAUUUAAAAUAAGGAGUUUUCCGGUCUUACUCCGACUUGUCAGUUCACGAUUUGAACACAAUGGCGCCCGAGCUCCAUCCGUGACAUAUGCACGUGAGCUAUAGCAUUUAUUUCCUACAUAAACUCUCCCAUAAACACGAAUAUAUUGUAUACAAU